AUGAACCCACCCAAGUUCAACAAGGUGGAAGAUAUGGCUGCACUGACCUGUCUGAAUGAGGCCUCAGUGCUGCACAACCUCAAGGAGAGGUAUUUCUCAGGUCUCAUUUAUACUUACUCAGGUCUCUUCUGCGUGGUGGUGAACCCCUAUAAGUUUUUGCCCAUCUACUCUGAGAAGAUCAUUGAGAUGUACAAGGGGAAGAAGCGUCAUGAGGCUCCUCCCCACAUCUAUGCCGUCGCUGAUAAUGCCUAUAGGAACAUGCUGCAAGAGCGUGAAGACCAGUCUAUUCUCUGCACUGGUGAGUCGGGUGCAGGAAAAACGGAAAACACCAAAAAAGUCAUCCAGUACCUUGCAGUUGUGGCAUCAUCACACAAAGGGAAGAGAGAUGCUGGAUCUGGUGAGCUAGAGAAGCAACUCCUGCAGGCCAAUCCUAUUCUGGAGGCAUUUGGCAAUGCAAAGACCAUCAAAAAUGAUAAUUCCUCAAGAUUUGGUAAAUUUAUUAAAAUCAACUUUGACAACACUGGUUACAUCGUUGGAGCAAACAUUGAAACCUACCUCCUGGAAAAGUCUCGAUGUAUCCGACAGUCCAAAAUCGAGAGAUCCUUCCACAUCUUCUACUACAUGGUGGCUGGAGCCAAAGACAAAAUGCAAGAUGAGCUCUUGCUAGAGGACUUUGGUAACUACCGUUUCCUGGUGGCUGGGCAUGUGCAAGUACAAAACCAGCAAGAUGAUGAGAUGUUUGAAGAGACUCUGGAAGCCAUGGAGGUCCUGGGCUUCAAUGAGGAGGAAAGAAUUGGCAUGUUGAAAUUAUGUUCUACUGUGCUGCAACUGGGGAACAUUGAGUUCAAAGCAGAGAAAAACCAGGAGCAGGCCAGCAUGCCAGACAACACAGCUGCACAGAAAGUGUGCCAUCUGCAGGGGAUUAAUGUGACUGACUUCACCAAAGCUAUGCUCACUCCUCGCAUCAAAGUUGGCCGAGAGCUGGUACAGAAGGCACAGACCAAAGAACAGGCUGACUUUGCAGUUGAAGCCUUGGCCAAGGCUAUGUAUGAUCGUCUGUUUCGCUGGAUCUUGGCACGUGUCAACAAGGCUCUAGAUAAGACAAAGCGUCAGGGAGCCUCUUUUCUGGGCAUCUUAGACAUUGCUGGGUUUGAGAUUUUUGAGGAUAACUCAUUUGAGCAGCUGUGCAUCAACUACACCAAUGAGAAACUGCAACAGCUCUUCAAUCACACUAUGUUCAUCCUGGAGCAGGAGGAGUACAAAAAGGAAGGCAUUGAUUGGAACUUUAUUGACUUUGGUCUGGACCUCCUACCCUGCAUUGAGCUCAUUGAGAGACCGAACAAUCCUCCAGGUAUCCUAGCCCUGCUAGAUGAGGAGUGCUGGUUUCCAAAGGCAACGGAUGUUUCCUUUGUCGAAAAACUAACAAACACCCACUCAAGCCACUGCAAAUUCUCUAAGCCUAAGAAUCUAAAGGAGAAGACUUUCUUCACUGUGCAACACUAUGCUGGCAAGGUGGAUUAUAAUGCCACAUCUUGGUUGACUAAAAACAUGGACCCACUCAAUGACAAUGUCACAGCCCUGCUGUGUAACUCUUCCAGUGCUUUUGUUCAGGACAUCUGGAAAGAUGACAGUAAUGUAUUCUCUAUAAAGAAAGCUUUUAUUUUUCUCAAAUAAUGAAUUUAAAAAACAAAUGGUCUAAAAUCGGACCGUGUGGUGGGUUUGGAAACCAUGGCUAAAAUGGCUAAGUCUGAUAGCGUAGCUCCUACUGCUUCCAAGUCCAAGAAAGGCAUGUUCCGCACCGUAGGACAGCUGUACAAAGAGUCUCUUGGCAAGCUCAUGACGACUCUAAAUAACACUCAACCAAACUUUGUACGCUGCAUCAUUCCCAACCAUGAAAAAAGGUCUGGCAAGAUAGCUGCCCACUUGGUUCUCGAGCAGCUGCGCUGUAAUGGUGUACUGGAAGGGAUCCGCAUCUGUCGCCAGGGCUUCCCCAAUCGCAUCGUCUUUCAUGAGUUCCGCCAGCGCUAUGAGAUCCUUGCUGCUGGGGCUAUUCCUAAAGGAUUCAUGGAUGGAAAACAAGCCUGUACACUUAUGAUCACACAUCUAGACUUGGACCCCAACCUGUACCGGAUUGGUCUGAGCAAGAUAUUUUUCCGCACAGGAGUGUUGGCACAGCUGGAGGAAGAACGUGACCUGAAACUGACUGAUGUCAUAAUUGCCUUCCAGGCCCAGGCCCGUGGCUUUCUUAGCAGAAAGGCAUUCAGCAAGAAACAAAAGCAGCUGACAUCCAUGAAAGUGAUUCAGAGGAACUGUGCUGUUUAUCUGACACUCAAGAACUGGCAGUGGUGGAGACUUUUCACUAAAGUAAAACCCCUGCUUCAGGUGACUCGGCAAGAAGAGGAGAUGAGUCAAAAGGAGGAGGAGCUUCAGAAAGCCAAAGAAACUGCCCAGAUGUCUGAAGCUGAACUUAAGGAGAUCACACAGAAACACAACCAGGUGGUAGAGGAGAGAAACCAGCUACAAGCCAAAAUACAGGAGGAGGCAGAGUUGUAUGCAGAGUCUGAGGAGGUGAGGAUACGGCUGGAGGCCAAGAAGCAAGAGCUGGAGGAAGUGCUGCAUGAGAUGGAGGCUCGACUCGAGGAGGAGGAGGAGCGAAGCCAGGUCUUUCAGCAAGAGAAGGCGAAUCUGCAACAACAACUCAAGGAUUUAGAGAAACAUUUAGUAGAAGAAGAAAAUGCCAGACAGAAGCUUCAACUGGAAAGUGGGGCUGCAGAUGGGAAGAUUAAGAAACUUGAGGAAGAUCUUUUCAUCGUGGAAGAUCAAAACUGCAAGUUGCAGAAGGAGAAGCAACAGUUGGAGGAGCGGUUAGCUGACUUUUGCUCCAACCUUGCUGAGGAGGAAGAGAAAUCCAAAAACUUGACUAAACUGAAGGCUAAACAUGAAUCUAUGAUUUCAGAUCUUGAAGUUCGAAUGAAGAAGGAAGAGAAAAGUCGGCAGGAUGUCGAGAAAGCUAAACGUAAACUGGAGACUGAGUAUAAUGAUGUACAGGAACAACUAAAAGACACACAGACCCAGAUAGCAGAGCUCAAGACACAACAAGCCAGAAGUGAAGUGGAAAUUCAGGAGCUUCAGGCAUGCAUAGAAAAAGAAUCAGCUCAGAAGAGCAAUGCUCUGAAAAAGAUACAGGAAAUGGACGGGCUUGUCACAGAGAUUCAAGAUGAGCUCGAAGCUGAGAGGGAGACUGGUAGAAAGUCAGAAAAGGCCAGAAAGGAGCUGGAAGAAGAGCUGUUGGCCCUGAGGACUGAACUGGAGGACUCACUAGACACCACAGCAGUACAACAAGAGCUACGGGCUAAGAGAGAGCAGGAGGUGGCAAUGCUGAAGAAGUUGAUAGAAGACGAAGGCCGAAGCCACGAGGCUCAAGUGAAUGAGAUGAAACAAAAACAUGCUCAGUCUGUAAAUGAACUUGGUGAACAGCUAGAGCAAACCAAACGGGCCAAGGCCAAUCUGGAGAAGGCGAAACAGGCCUUAGAGAAGGAGGUUGUAGGCUUGAAUGGAGACCUUCGCUCACUGAGUAAUGCCAAGCAGGAUGUGGAACAGAAGAAGAAAAAGGUGGAGACCCAGCUUGCUGACCUUCAGACUCGCUUCAGUGAGAGCGAAAAGAAGAGGGAAGAACUUGGAGAUGCAGUGUCUAAACUGACUAUGGAGUAUAACAAUGUGAAUAGCAUCCUCAAUGAAGCAGAGAGCAAGAACAUCAAGCUGAGUAAAGAUGUUGCAAGUCUCAACUCACAGCUCCAGGAUACACAGGAGUUACUUGCUGAGGAGACCCGUCAAAAACUUAAUUUUUCCACUCGGCUACGUCAAACGGAGGAUGAACGAAACAGUCUGCUGGAACAACUAGAAGAAGAGGCAGAAGCACGAAGGAAUGUGGAGAGACAGGCCUCCAGCCUUACCACACAGUUGUCAGAUGCAAAGAAGAAGCUGGAUGAGUACUCCAGCAAUUUCCAAAUGCUUGAAGAAAGCAAGAGACGGCUACAGAGGGAUCUGGAAGCCACAAUUGGAGAGUUUGAGGAGAAAGCUGCAGCCUAUGACAAGCUAGAGAAGACCAAGAAUCAUCUUCAGCAAGAGUUGGAGGAUGUGAUGAUGGACCUGGACAACCAGAGACAGCUGGUUUCAAAUCUGGAGAAGAAACAACGGAAAUUUGAUCAGAUGCUUGCUGAUGAGAAGACCAUCUCCAGCAAGUAUGCUCAGGAGCGUGACUGCGCAGAGGCAGAAGCACGGGAGAAGGAGACCAAAUGUUUGGCCCUCACCCGAGCGCUCGAAGAAUCCCAGGCUUCUUUUCGAGAGUUAGAGAAACUCAAUAAGACACUUCGCACUGAGAUGGAAGACCUGAUCAGUUCAAAGGACGACGUGGGCAGAAAUGUCCAUGAGCUGGAGAAGGAAAAACGUGGAUUGGAGGCUCGAGUAGAAGAGAUGACAAUUCAAAUGGAGGAACUUGAGGAUGAAUUACAGACUGCAGAGGAUGCUAAACUCCAUUUGGAAGUCAAUAUGCAGGCCCUCAAAGUCCAGUAUCAAAGAGACUUGCAGGUCAAAGAAGAGCAAAAUGAAGAGAAGAGAAAACAACUGCUCAAGCAGGUACGUGAGCUUGAGACUGAGCUAGAAGAUGAGCAGAAAAUGAGAGCUUCAUUCGCAGCUGCCAAGAAGAAACUUGAGGGGGAUUUGCAGGACCUUGAAGAUCAAGUUGAUGCAAUCAGUAGGGCGAGGGAUGAGGCCAUUAAACAGCUCCGCAAGACUCAGACGCAGAUGAAAGAUUUCCAGAGGGAGCUGGAAGAUGCGAGAGCAUCCCACAAGGAGGUUCUUUCCGAAGCUAGAGAAUCUGAGAGAAAGGCCAGAGCCAUGGAGACAGAAAUCUUACACCUACAGGAGGAGCUGGCUACAGCAGAGAGAGCCCGCAAACAGGCUGAGCGAGAGAGAGAUGAGAUAGCAGGGGAGAUGGCAAGUGGCUCAUUUGGAAAAUCUGGCACGUCUGAUGAGAGGCGUCGUUUGGAAGCCAAAAUUCAACAGCUGGAAGAGGAACUUGAUGAGGAACAGGCAAACACAGAGACGCUCAACGAGAGACUGCGGAGAAGUGUGCAGGAGAUGGAUCAGCUGACCAGCGAGCUGCAUGUUGAACGCUCCAAUGCUCAGAGGAUGGAGAGUGGCUGGCAGCAAAUGGAGAGGCAGAACAAAGAGCUGAGGGCCAAGCUGCUGGAGAUGGAGGGACAGGUCAAGUCCAAGCAACGGGCUUCUGUAGCUGCACUAGAGACUAAGUUACAACAAAUGGAGGACCAAGUGGACCAUGAGAGCAGGGAGAGACAAACUAUUGCCAAGGCCAUGCGUCAGAAAGACAAGAAACUAAAAGAACUGAUGAUUCAGAUAGAGGAUGAACGAAAACAGACAGAGCAAUUUAAGGACCAGGCUGAAAAAGCAAAUCUGCGAGCAAGGCAGCUUAAGCUGCAGGUGGAAGAGAGCGACGAGGAGUCUCAGCGUGCCACUGCUGCCCGUCGUAAACUUCAGAAAGAGCUGAACGAGGCCACCGAGGCCAAUGACGCCCUGAUCCGAGAAGUGUCUUCACUCAGGAGCAAACUCAGGCGUGGCAGUGACUCAUCUUUCAGCAGUCCAUUAAGGCGUAGUGGAGGUGGGAGCUUUAGAAGAACACGCAGGAGCAUGAUGGAAGCAUCCGAGGUCCCAGAAGAUGAAGGUCCUGCUACUCCUGUGCAUCAACCUGAGGAACCUCAAAUCGAGCCAAUCAAUGGCACCAAGGAUGACAACUAAA